GAAAUUGUAGAUGAGAAAUGAGUUGUUUUCAAUGCAGAAAUGGUAUUUUGUAAAAUUGAAAAAAUAAAGAAAAUUAAAACAUUUAAGCAUGCUAAAACGAAAGUGGAUUUCCCAAGGCAUCACAUGACCACACUGUCAGGUUAUACUGACACGGAAGGGAGCCAGAGUUUCCAAUGACAUAAUGGAUAGCAUUCAGCAUGAUGGACCUAUGGCUUGAUAACGCAGAUGAUCAACUCCAACCUCAUGUUUAUCGAGGCCAGGAUAAUACGAAAUGUAACAAUACGUACCUUACACCAACUGUUACGGAACCAAUAUAUGCGGAAAUCGGGAAUCGUGCUACAUUCCAACCGGAAGUCAAUACACAGUCUUUGCUAUCAUGUUCAUCGUCUUCCUAUAACGCAUAUAUAACACCUGUUCAUCAGUCCAGUGACGAAAGAAAUGGCAGUACUGACUCAAAUACAUGUACUCUACUUCGUAAAUUUCUCAUAUCAGUAUUUUUUAAUAUUGCUUUUCUCUCUGUUUUGACAAGUUCAUUAUACCAUUAUUUUAAUUGUUGUGAUAAAGAUGGUUCACCCAAACAUCAACCGUCUGAAAUACGGGUAGUAGACUGGAAACGAUCUGAUAUUUGUUUCCUUAAUCAAAGCAUGCGAUGCACUGCUGGGUCACUGAGAAAAUCAACACAUAUUCAGAUUAUCAACGAUGAACAUUUUUCACCAGAGACACAAUUCCAAAAUAGAGUUCCAUCAUUGUGUUGUUAUGACAAAUCCCAGUCCCUCCAGCGGUUAACGCAUCUCUUGAUGUUGGUGAAAGCCCAUAACGAGGUUAAGAAAGUAUGUAGGAAUUGUUCGACACAACAUCUUAUAAGAACAAGUGACAUCUCAAUCGCAUGUAGAAUGGAGAUCUCAGAAGAAGAAUUGCAGCUGAAAGAUGAACAUCGUUAUGCCAAUAGUUGUAAAGGUGGUGUCGUAGUGAGGAAAACUCGUAUGCACGCUCUUUAUUUCUUUUUGGCAAUUAAUUGCAGUAUCUUCGGAAAUGAUGUCAUCAAAGCCGGCAUAAGAUUUGACAACCAAACAAUUGCACAGACUGAGAUGCAAUGUGAUAUCAGCUUAGGUGUGGUGACUCUUUCUCUCUUCUCGUUCCGGAAUCUGACAAAUGGAUCAAAACUUAUACCAUUCGUAUCGGAUACAAAGUGUGUAGAUAAUGACACUCCGAGUAACCGAUUUGAAAUAUUGGCUUUAUAGAUGUGUAUUAUUCAAGAGAAUGGCGCGGAAAAUGUCACGUCACAAUACGACAAUUGACGUUGCGUAUUGAUUUGAGAAAAAGAAUCCCAUUUAAAACCAGUAAAAUUGUACAUAAAACAUGUUUUAAAUUAGAAAAUCAUUUUCAAAAAUUAAUUAUAAGCGUUGAUGUAAAAUUUUUUUUAGUUUCAUCGGGGUAUGAAACAAAUUUUGUUUGCAAACUUCUGUAAGACUAAUACAGUUUGCAAACAAAAUUUGUUUCAUACCCCGAUGAAGCUAAAAAAAUGACAUCAAUGCUUAAAUGGAAAAAAAAAAAAAAAAUUCAACCAAUCAGAAAGCCGCAUUCUGCGUACAAACAAUGGAAAAUUAAUUAUAUGUGUAUAUUAAUAUCAUAAUGUUAGAUCAUACAUGCAUCACCGCUCGUAUUGCUGUAAAACAUAUAUGUUCGUUUGCUUUUCAUAGAGAAUAUAGUUGACUUCAAAUUUUACAAGCCUGUAAAAUAGCAGUUUUAAACUCCUUGAUACGAUAACUUGUAAUUUAGCAACUCUGAAGGAACUGUUCUGACAUGUACCGUGCCUCCGGUAGCAAGUCAGGAGAGUUCCUACCGUAGUUCUCUUUUCUCCUGUAUGUUUUGUUUUUUAUUUUGUUAUCGUGUGUAAAAAGUGUAUAAAUAGCAUAUAAAAUAUGCCAUCAACUUGAUAUCAUUAUAAAACAAAAGUUUAAAUUGUAAUGGGGACCGUUACAUAAAUGAGGGAACCCCAACUGCCCCUCCAGUCUAAGAUAAAAAAAAAGUUAACAAUAUCAUUUGUUAAGUGGAGGUAAACCUCACAUUAAAUUUGAACGAAAUUGCCCGUAUUUAUAUUCCGACCUAUCAGAUGCUAGGAAAUGCCGGCCAUUUCGGUGAAACCGAAAAUCGAAAUUACUGAUUCUUACGUAAUCACAUACACAUAUCGACCAACAUUUAAAUUAUGACCAUUUAUCUGCCAGAAAAUGACAGUUUCGUUAAAACAGAAGACGGAAGUUAGCAUUGCUUCCAAUAAAUGUGUGAAGUUUCGAAAUAUAUGGUUCCGUUAACACAAUCUAACAAUCAUUAUAUCUACUAUCUGCGGAGGGAGAAGAAAAACAAAAUAAUAAUAAAAAAAAAAAACCGGAGUCAAUUACACGAUCUAAAGAUGAGAUAUGAAGUGAUAUGUUUAUGUAGUCAUGGUAAACGUCUCUAAGCAUGUCACACACAUACGUUAUUAUAGUUACAUGUUUGGGUGGGAAUACUUCGUUUCGAUGCAGUUAACUGAUAAAAAUGGCUUUGACACUAACGCAGGAGGCUAAACAAUGUAUUGUAACAAAAAAUAUUUAAUAUAUGUAUUUGAAUGUAUAUAUCACGUUUUAGAUUUGAUCUCAUCUUUAACGUAUCAAAGCAAAUGGCCCUUCAAAUCCAUUUUAUUUAGAAAUGGAAUUUCAAAGUGUAUACGCCUAAUUGUAAAUAUUAAGCAAUGAUAUUAAUUAUAAAUGUGUAUUUACCCAAUUUAUAUCGCAAAAAUUAUGUUUGAUUGGAAAUAAAAUAUUUCUCAUAA